AUGAGCACCAUCACCGUAGAGGGCGUUACCAUCAACACCGGCCUGUUCAUUAACAAUGAGUGGGUCAAGGGUCACGGCGAGCCUCUUGAGACUGUCAACCCCGCAACUGAGGAGGUCCAGACGGCCAGCAAGGAGGACGUCGACAUCGCCGUCAAGGCCGCGCGUGAGGCGUUCGAGACCACGUGGGGCACCGAGUGCAGCGGACAGGAGCGCGGCCGCCUCCUCUUCGCCCUUGCCGACCAGAUGGAGAAGCGCAUCGACGAACUCGUUGCCCUCGAGAUUGUCGAUGCCGGCAAGCCUGUUGCCUGGGCGCGCGCCGACAUGGAGGACUCGAUUGCGUGCUUGCGCUACUACGCCGGCGCUGCCGACAAGAUCCAGGGCUCUACCAUCGAGAUGGAUGACAAGAACAAGUAUGCGGUCGCUCGUAAGGAGCCUAUCGGCGUCGCAGCGCAGAUCGUGCCGUGGAACUACCCCAUUUUGAUGAUGGCGUGGAAGGUCGGGCCUGCUCUUGCGGCUGGUGUUAGCAUCGUCUUCAAGCCCGCCGAGCAGACUCCUCUGUCGACUCUGCUGUUCGCCGAGAUGGUCAAGGACGCUGGUUACCCUCCCGGUGUCUUCAACGUCCUGAACGGCGUCGGCCGUGUCACUGGUGACGCUCUCGCUCGCCACAUGGACAUUGACAAGAUUGCUUUCACUGGUUCGACCCCCACGGGCCGUCGUAUCGCUUGCGCUGCGGCCGAGUCCAACCUCAAGUCGGUUACCCUCGAGCUCGGUGGAAAGUCUCCUAACAUUAUCUUUGAGGAUGCCGACCUCAAGGAGGCGGCCAAGUGGGCAGCUUUCGGCGUCUACGAGAACAUGGGCCAGUCAUGCAACGCGGGCUCUCGUAUCCUCGUCCAGGAGUCGGUUUACGACAAGUUCCUCCCCCUCUUCGUUGAGGCUGCCCAGGCCUUCCAGGUCGGUGACACAAAGGACCAGAACACGUUCCAGGGACCCCAGAUCAGCAAGGUUCAGUUUGACAAGAUCCUGGGCUACCUCGAGCAGGGCAAGAAGGAGGCCAAGCUCAUUACUGGCGGUAACCGGUUCGGCAACAAGGGCUACUUUGUCGAACCCACCGUCUUUGGUGACGUUGACAUGACCAUGAAGAUCGGUCAGGAGGAAAUCUUUGGCCCCGUCGCUUCUCUCAUCAAGUUCAAGACUGAGGCCGAGGCUAUUCAGAUCGCCAACGACACUUCGUUCGGCCUUGCCGCUGCCGUCCACUCGAUGAACUAUGCUCAGGUCAACCGGGUCACCCGCAAGCUCAAGGCUGGAACGGUCUGGAUCAACCAGUACACCAUCCUGUCGCACCAGAUUCCGUUCGGCGGCUACAAGCAGUCCGGUUGGGGUCGUGAGCUCGGGCUUGAGGGUCUUGAGCCCUACCUCGCCACCAAGGCCGUGCACCACUACUACGGCCCUGAGUUUGAGUGGCCUAUCAAGCUUUAA